AUGCUGAGCCAGUUCUUUGAUGGGAAGGAGCUGACGCGAAGAAUCAAUCCUGAUGAAGUUGUUGCCCAUGGUGCCGCGAUAGAGGCUGCGUCCAUGAGCUCCGACGAAAGCAUGGAGUACGACGGCCUGAUAGACGUCAUUCCGCUUUCGCUUGGUCUUCAGACUGCUGGAGGCUUCAUGACUACUGUCCUCAGUCGAAAUACCCAGUUGCCAGCAGAGCACUCGAUGCUCUUCUCCACACACAAAGAUAACCAGGACUUGGCGACGGUCAAAGUCUUCCAGGGCGAGAGACUGAUGGCCCGCAACAAUCACUUCCUGGGAAGCUUCCAGAUCAAAGGCAUAACCCCGGCUCCAAGAGGGGUUCCGCAGAUUGAGGUCUCUUUCAAGGUAGAUGCCAGCGGCUUGCUUGCAGUGGAAGCAUCCGAAAGGGACUCUGGCAAGCGGAGCGCGCUUGCCAUUGAGCAGGACCGCUUCCUUGGUGCAGAGCAAAUUCAGGAGUCCCUCAAAGAGGCAGAUAGUUUCGCCAAGGAUGACCAAAGAGAUUUCGCACAGGCCGAGGCGCGAAUGGCAUUGAAAGCCUUGGUUCGGUCACUGCAUUCGGCAGCAGAGUUUGCAUCAGAAGAGGAUGCUGGCAUCUUCUUGGAAGCUGCUGGGGAGGGCAAGGACUGGCUCACAGCCAAUCCGGAUGCCGAAGCUGAAGAGAUACACGAGAAGCGGGAGGAGUUGGAAGCAAACGUGCCGGACCUUGCUCUGAGGCCUUCUGCAGGUGCCACCACAGGUGGUGGCGAGCUUGACAUGGAGGGCCACGAUGAACUGUGA